AUUCCUCCGCUUUGCUGGUUGUUGCCUUCAAGUCAGGUGGGAAACUUAAAGAUCAGGUUCCUGCUGGGGAGGCGGUGACGCAGAUGCAAUGACGAAGCACUUUUCGUGGUGAUGGGUGGAGAUCAGAAUUUAGAGAUUGACUCACAGAGGCCGGACAAUGACUUGUUUACUGCAAGGCCAAAUGCUCACUGGAGCGUUUGCCAUGGAUGUUAGUGCUCCUGCUUUUAUCAGGUCUUUAAAUGCCCCUGAAGGCCGGGUUUGGGCGUUCAAGGAAUGUGUUUAAAGGCUCAACUACAUUAGCCUACUUUCUCCCAGUUUAGCUGUGCCUGCUCCUGGGUAAUAAGCCUGUAACACCAGUAACUUGUAACCCAUUUGUAAGCCUCACUGGUGGUCUCACUACAUACAUACAUGCUGUGGUAGAUUUAUUGUUGUAAGCCUUCAAAAUUCAUUAUAGUGACUUUUUAAUAUGUAAAUAUUUACAGUUUAAAUAUCAAGUAUUGAUUUGGCAUUUUUCAUUCAGCUCUUUAAAUCCGUUUUCUUUUAAUAUUUUGUCAUGAAGCAACUUUUUUGAACCCCAUAAAUUACCAGAAUUACCUUGCUGUUCCUUGAUUGACCACAAGGAGCUGGUUUCAGAUGGGCGUAAGUAUAUAUGACCAAAUAAGUGUAACGUCACCAAUAAAAAAAGGUUUACUUCCAGCUCUAACGAAAUAUAGUUUGUUCAUUCCCAGUUUUUUUUUUUGUUUGUUUUGUUUUGUUUUUUUGCGAUCCUACAGACCCUGCCAUGUUGGAGCUAGACAACAUCAAUAAGCAACAAUUUGAUGGCAACCACUCUUGCAAAUCAGGACUAAGCUUGUUGGAGUCCACACACCCAUAUCACUUGAUAGCGGACUCUGGAGAAUCUGUCUAUCAAACAUUUCAAAAGUUUGACGUGAGACAGCAUACUUUUAUUGCGACAUCUGAUUGGUCAGUUGAAUAACUUGCACUACAGAGAAAAAACUUUAAAGUAGAAUUAUCAAGAAGAUGUUAAUAAAAAAAGGUGUCAGAGAAUGGCUCUUCUGACAAAUAUAAUGACUGGGUAAUAGCUGUUAAUGGUAAUAGCUGCCUUUCAGAACCAGUAGGUACUUCCUGUUUGGUACUUCCAUGUUUAAAAAAACCAACAAUUAACUACAUGUAUGGCCUACUUUUAAUGUAUUUAUCUAAUUAUUUUCCUUUAAUAAUAACGUAUUACCGUCAAAUGAAACUCCUGCAUAAUUUAGUUGGGUUGCUAUUUGUGAUUGGCAGGUAAAUGGACUCAACAGAAACUUUCAUUUAACUCCGUCCCACAAAACAUUGAAAACAGUCAAGUUUGGUGGAUCAAUGGUCAAUACGGCCAGACCACUUCAUUUGUCACCCUUCCUAUACGUGAAGUCAGAGAUGAUUAGUCUAGUCGUUAAAUAUCUACGAUCAAGUUUCACAUUAGACCAACACUGGACCGGCUUUCUGCUACUUUUCCCCUUGAUACUGCUGUCAUUUAUUCUCUUUUAUCACCUGGGUCUUUUGAGUUGAACCUAGUGCUGGCCCAAAACACCUGACCAAUUGCAACAAGUUAAUUAUUUUGUAUUGUAAGAGACACCCCAAUUGUGUUGCACUUUCCACCUUAGUUCUUACAAACAGUGGCUUAACUCUGUUUAGGUAAUGGCCCCUUUGUAAAAAUUCAAGCAACAGCUGCGUAUACGACUUCUGCAAUAAAAAAGGUUUUGAAGUCCCAAAAGAUGGCUUUAGUUUGGCAGCUGCUGCAACAGGAACAUCUGCCUCCAUGUUAUAUAAAAAAUGUGGCUUCAUCCCUGUGUACCCCCAAGAGAUUCCUACUGUUUUUACCUUUGUUUUGAGCUGCUCACAAGUCUAAAAGUGCAAACAAUUAUUAAAAAAAUAAAAAAAGGUGCAAAGUAACACUAAAAAUAUUAGUUUUAAGUUAAAUAUUUAAGCAGAUGUUAUGAUAUAUGAAUGACAGUCUGUAAAAAAUAUACUUUUUUUUAAUCACAUUUUACAAGCUAAAUGUUUUUGUUGGAUUCUCAAAUAGAGAAGUUGCAGUCUUGCAAAUUUGCUACGCAUGCUCCCACUGAGACAGAACAACGCCUCUUUCCAUUAUCGCACACAACAGCCAGGAUCCACCCACAUUGAUCAACUCAACACUGAGUUGAAGACUUGACAAGUGCCACUUCUAACAAAAUUCAGUCAUGUUUGUAGUGUAAACCUCCCCUGUUGUGUGUUUCUUAAACACACAGUGCCCUCUGCUGCAGGUGGCCUGAGGCGAACAUUUUGUUGCUCGACAGUUACACCUCAGUUAUGCUGUCAAAUUACAAAAAAACAAACUGUUUUGAAUAAAAACACAUAUCAAAUAUCCAUACAAAAUGAAAUAAACAACAAAAAAUGUAUACCUCAAACAGAAUGACACAUGUUUGUCCUUAUAUUUUGUAGUUUUCCAUUUUUUCUAUUAUUUUGGUCAAUGGUGUAUACUUGUACAGCGCUUUUCUACCUUCCUCGAAGGCCCAAAGUGCUUUACAGUCACAGUCCCAUUCAUACACACAUUCACACACUGCUGGUGGCUCCGCUGCAAACCUCCCACCAGUGGCAAAGUGGGGUUCAGUGUCUUGCCCAAAGAGACUUCAACAUGUGGGCAGGCAAGGAGGGAAUCAAACCUGCAAUCUUCCGAUCAAAGGUCAACUGCCCUACUGCUGCACAACGGCCCCAUAUUUUCCCAAUUUCACUGUUUUGUAAAUAUUUUUUUCUCAGAAGUUCAUGAUUUAAUGUUUUAGUGUUGUUCAAAUGUGAGCAACUGAGAACAGAAUGCUGCUUUUAGUUGUUGCUGCUUAACUUAAAUUCAUGAAACAUGUUAGCAAGAAAAAACAAGACUAUUUAAUAAAAAAAAAAACUUUUUCUAAAACACACUAGUUCAAUAGUAAGUUAAUUCUUUUUUAUGAUCUGGUUUGGUGUUGGUUGUGCAGUGGAACACAUCCUAGUUCUUCUGGUGAGAAUUUUAGUUGCUCUUCUUUGUGUUGACGUUUUUUCCAGGCACUCUGGCUUCCUUCCUCAAUUUAAAACCAUGUCUGAGAGUUUAACUGGAGGUUGUAAAUUGCAAGUAUGUGUGCUUUUAAAUCUCUCAAUGUAGCCAAAACAUUCUGCCCCAAGUCGGCUGGGACAGACCUCAGUAGCCCAGGUAAACGAUGUCAUGAAAAGAAUCAUGCAUUCAUGUUGGAUAUGUUCAAAAAAGGAUAUGUUAUAAGGGAUCACAGAAUGAUGUGAUUUUAUCGAAAGCUGAGUUUGCAUGCACCACGCCCUCCACUUUUGUACUGGCUGCUUCUAUUUUAGGAGGACAAAUGUGCUUGAGCUGCCCCCCCCAGCCUGUGUACUGCAGUGUUGUUUGUCUAUUUUUCUGUUUCUUAAUGGGUAUGUGCCUCCAUCCAGCCAUUUUCUGAACCAUCUGAAUCCCCUUUUGGGGUUACAGGGCUGCUGGAACCCAUCUCAGAGACAGCUGGGUGAAGGUGGGGUACACCAUGUACAGGCCACACAGUCAUACAUGCAUGAAUUCCCAUUGAGACAAUUAAAGAUCAUCAUCCAUCUUCAGAACCCUGCUGGAUUCUUUAUGGGGGCUUUGGGGCUGCUGGAGCCAACCAUAGCUAUUUUUUGGCAAAGGCGGGGUACACGCUGAACAGGUCGUCAUUUGGUUGCAGGGCCACACACACACAUUCACACCUAAGGACAAUUUAGAAUCCUCAAUGACCGGUAAAGCAUGUUGCUGUGGGAGCAGCAUACAGUGGCUGGAGAAAACCCACUAAUGCUUGCAGAGAACAUGCAAACUUGAAGCAGAAGAGCCCCACCUGGGAUUCGAAUCCAGGACAUUCUCAGAGGCAAGAGUGCUAACCGCUACCACACUGUGACGCCAUAUUCAAUGCAGUUUUUUUUUUUUUUAAACAGCAAAGGGGAAAUGCUUCAAAACUCAGAAACUGUUUCAACUUAUCAGUUAUAUCUUGAGUUAGCAAAGACAAUCAAGCCAAAAACGGAUUGCAAAAGUAAAAAAUCUAAUUUUGUUUGUAUUUAUUAUCAUUUUUUUAAUUGAUCAAUAUAGUAAGUUGCAUUUUUAAAAUGUUUGUCCGAAAAAUGUGACUACUUUGCUUUUUUUGAUAGAUCUUUUACUCUCCAUAAAUUCCGGAAUAAAUAAGGGCUCUUUCUUCUCAUGUUGUGCAGAUAUCAGUCCCCAACAUUUAAAAUGGGUUUAAUCAAAGAUUGUCUGAAACUUCUUUUUUCUUUUCUUUUUUUUUUUUGAAGAGUUAGGGUUAGAUUUGCAGUCAGAAAAGCAGCAAAACUGUUUUUUUUCUUCAAAUAAAAAUCCUUUUCUAGGAAGAGCAAAAGUUUGACAUCACCUGACCAGCUGAACAAUAGACCCAUGUUUUUAUGUUCCGACUGAGAGUUGUAGCGCAACUCUGCAUCUGCAAACUGAAAAAAAAAAAAAAAAAAAAAAAAAACCAGGAAGAAGCAGACCAGAGCCCUGUUGUUAGAGUGAUCUGCGCGUCCUUCAGGGGAUAAAACUAUGACCUCACAAUGGCCGAUAAAGGUCCUCUUUUAACCUCUUGUAUCAUCUUUUAUUUGUCCAUCGGAGCGGCCGUUUUCCAAAUUCUCGAGGAGCCCUACUGGAUGUCCGUCAGAGACAAAUAUAUCCAGCAGAAGGAAAACAUUUUGAAGACCUACCAGUGUCUGACCCUGGAGGAUCUCGAUGAGAUCCUGGAGGUUGCGUCGGAGGCUGCGGGCCAAGGUGUGGCCAUCACCGGGGACAAUCACCGCAACACGUGGGACUGGGUCAACUCUGUCAUUUUUGCUGCCACCAUCGUCACCACUAUAGGUUAUGGAAAUGUUGCUCCCAAGACAAAGGGGGGCCGUGUGUUCUGUAUCCUGUACGGUCUAUGUGGGAUCCCACUCUGUCUGGUGUGGCUCAGUGAACUGGGCUCCUUCUUUGGAGACCGAGCAAAGCGUUUAUCUCAGGUUAUGAUUCGGAAAGGCAUUUCAGUGAAAAAGGUCCAAUUUACCUGCACAGCGUUGUUCCUCUUAUGGGGGCUGCUGGUGCACUUGGUGAUCCCUCCUUUUGUUUUUAUGUCAGUGGAAGGAUGGACGUACUUGGAAGGGAUUUACUUCUCCUUCAUCACACUCACAACAGUUGGCUUUGGUGAUUAUGUUGCAGGUGUAAAUCCGGACAUCCAGUACCCCCGGCUGUACAGAGUGUGUGCAGAAAUAUGGAUUUACAUGGGGCUGGCCUGGUUAUCCCUGUUCUUCAGCUGGAACGUCCACAUGGUGGUGGAAGCCCACAAAGUGCUAAAGAAAAGACGACACAAGCGCCGGCACCUGAUUGAACCAGAGCCUCUGGUAGAAAAGCAAAACCUGGACGUGAAGCCAUCUGUCAUUGACAUUUUUAACUUUCUUUCUGAGAAGGAUGAGGACUAUAGCACCAUCAUCAAACAGAUUGGAAUUACGGCGAGGAUUAAAAAGCCGCCCGAGAACAUCAACCGUUCAAAAAGCUGCAGUGACAUCUUAGCCAUUCAGACCCUGGAACAUUCGCCGCGCCGCAAACGCAUGAUCAGCAUCAGCGAGGCGUUUCUCAACGCCAAGAUAGAGGAAAGUGAGCAGGAGGAGGCGCUUCUGCAGCAGGACAACAUUCAAGACCUCGACUCCUCAGAUGAUGAGAAAGGUGGUGGCGUCUUUGGACCAGAAAGCGAUGCUCUACAUUUUUCUGUGUCAGCUAAAGGCGGCGAAAAAGAGGAGGAGAAUGUUGAGCAUUGGGACGGUGGGGCCACUAGAUUUACAAUAUGCAAGGUGCCUGAGGAAGAAUUUCAAUUGAACUGUGAUGACAAAGGGUAAAAUGUAUUCAUUCUGUCACCAAGACAAGAGCCUAGGGUUCUGUCUGACCAUUGAAAAAGAUGAAAAUAUUUCAGCAAAAAA